AACUGGAUUCAUGUGUGUAGGCCAGUGCUACCAUCGUUAUAAUCAACCAUGUUCAGAAUUUGCUGAUUGUGUUGACACUGGAGAUGAUGGUUGGCAAUGCAGAUGCAAAGGAGGGUUAUUUGGCAAUGGUUUAUAUUGUGCAAGAGGAACACCAAAAUCACAGUGUCACCGAAAAUUUGGCAGGACGUGUAGUGAAAAUGGAAGAUGCAGAGUACUUUUGAAUGGAGAUCAUGAGUGCACCUGCAAUGAUAAUUAUUGGGGAAAUGGAUUUUAUUGUUCAUCUGGCAAAUGGGAAAAUGAAUGCCAUCGUCGUUUUGGCAGAAGAUGUGGUCAGUAUUCAUCAUGCACUCAAGUAGACGGUCGUCACCAAUGCAGUUGCAAUCGUGGGUACUGGGGCAAUGGUUUUAACUGCAAAGAAGUCCAGGAAGACAUGGAGUCUGUUGACUGGAGAAGAUGUGCAGCACAUUUCAACAGACGAUGUGCUGAUGCUGGUUCCGAUUGCAUGAUGUCGAGUAGUGGAAAAUACAAGUGUCAAUGUAGACAAGGAUAUUAUGGCGACGGAUUUUUUUGCGCUAAUCGAAACAUCAGAGACAGGUGUCAUAGACGAUUUGGAAGAAGGUGUCAUCCAGAUGCCAGCUGCCAGCGAGGAGAUGAUGGUCAAUACCAAUGCAGUUGCAUAUCUGGAUAUUGGGGAAAUGGAUUCUUUUGCUCAACUGGCAAAUGGGAUAAUGAGUGUCACAAAAGGGAGGGUAGACGUUGUUCUUUCAAUUCUAAAUGUGUUGAAACUGAUGGUCAAUUCCAGUGCCAAUGCAAUAAGGGUUUCAAUGGAAAUGGAAUUAUUUGCAUAGAUCAAUGUCGAUAUCAGUAUGGAAGGUCAUGUUCAAGCACUGGUGGUGUUUGUACUGACACAGGAAAAGAUGGUUGGCAAUGUAGAUGUGGAAGUGGAUAUUACGGAAAUGGAUUUUACUGUGCACGAGGCAGAGCAAAAUCUCGAUGUCAUUCACGAUAUGGUCGGGUAUGCGAUAGGAAUGCAAGGUGUAGGAGAGGAGAUGGAGGACAAUAUGAAUGCAGAUGUAAAGGUGGUUACUGGGGCACUGGAUUGUACUGCUCAAUGGGUAAAUCGGUUGAUCAGUGUCACCGACGAUUCGGUAGGAAAUGCAGCAAAUAUGCAACUUGCGAUGAUGUUGAUGGAGAAUACCAAUGCAGAUGUAAUCGUCAAUAUUCAGGAGAUGGUUUUAACUGUGAUGACCGUUAUGAAUGGAGUUACAUGAUCCAAGUUCACUGGUGGUUCUGUUAUGGAAGUUUUGGACAACCAUGUUCAGGAAAUGCCGAUUGCAUAAUGAACUCUAUGGGCAAAAAAAGAUGCGAGUGCAGGGACACCCACUUUGGCGAUGGUUUCUAUUGUGGAUCUGGUAAACCAAAGGACAGGUGCCAUGAAAAAUAUGGUAGAACGUGUGGUGAGCGUGCUACCUGUACUGAAGUAGAUGGCGAUCAUAAAUGCAUAUGUAACCCUGAUUUCCAGGGAGAUGGAUUUUAUUGUGAAACUGGGGAAUUGUCUGAUAAAUGCCAUGAACGGUUUGGUCGAAGAUGUGCAAGAAACUCCAGAUGUGUAAAUACAGAAAAUGGACAUGAAUGUCAAUGUAAUAGAGGAUAUGCUGGAAAUGGAAUCGUGUGCAGAAGUGAAUGCUUUGAACGUUAUGGACAAAGAUGUUCACUUAAUGCUGAUUGUGUUGACAUGGGAGAUGAUGGCUGGCAGUGUAGAUGCAGAGGUGGUUAUUUUGGCAAUGGUCUGUACUGUGGAGCUGGUGAAUUUAAAUCACAAUGUCAUCAAGCAUAUGGAAGAGUUUGUGGAAACGAUGCCACUUGUAAGCAGGGCACUGAUGGAACAUACCAAUGUGUAUGCAAUGAUGGAUACUGGGGCAAUGGUUUUUACUGUUCAAGUGGAACAUGGAGUAGCGAUUGUCAUCGUGUAGCUGGUCGAUCAUGUAGUGUUCAGGCUUCAUGCGAAAGAAUCUAUGGUCAAUAUAUAUGUCGAUGCAAAAGAGGUUAUUCUGGAGAUGGCUUUGACUGUAGAGAUGAUAAAGUUGAUCCAUGCUAUAUGCAAGAGCGAGGUUGUCAUGAAAAUGCACAGUGUGUAGAAGGAUAUUACAGAUACUCUUAUGGAUGUAAAUGCAAUGAUGGUUAUUACGGAGAUGGAUAUUAUUGCUUAGAGGGUUCACCUGAAAAUGAAUGUGCAAGCUGGUAUGGAAGACAAUGUGAUGCCAAUGCUUCAUGUAAACCGGGCAUUGAUUACCCUACAUGUGAAUGUAAUGAUGGCUUUGAAGGCGAUGGGUUUUACUGCCGAACUGACAAGCCCAGAGGUCCAUGCGAAGAGCGAUUCGGAAGUCCUUGUCACCCGAAGGCAAAAUGUGUUGACAUGGGGGCUAGAGGUUGGGAAUGCAAAUGCGAUGAUGACUACACAGGCAGUGGAAUCGACUGUCAAGCAAAAUAUGCUGAAGGAACUUGUGGCUAUGUUCGCAUGUCCACUACUGUUAUGCCCGGAGCAUAUGUUCCACAAUGCGAUGGUGAUGGAAAUUACGAAUUACAACAAUGCCAUGAUUCAACUGGAUUUUGCUGGUGUGUAGAAAAAAUGACAGGAAGAGAACUGGAUGGAACAAGAGGCGGACCAGGGGAAUUUACUGUCGACUGUUACAGUACCACUAAACCUGCUCGAGAAACUUGUCAACAACAAAACGAAAGAAUGAUAGGAUUGAUGGAUGCAAUGAUCUUUGAUUGCAAUGUUGAUGGAACUUACAAACGCAAGCAAUGUUAUGGAUUCCUGAAUCAUUGUUAUUGUGUUGAUCCAUUAACUGGAGAAGAAAUGGAUGGAACAAGAAUGCCUGCUGGAGAUUUUAAUCUUGACUGCACUAAAAAAGUUCCAAGAGAGUUUGAGGAAGGUACAUGUGGAUAUAUACGAAUGAAUAAACUAAAAGAAAAUAUGAAAGAUGGGGGAAUGAUGAUUGGAGCAUAUAUUCCACGAUGUGAUAUGUAUGGACAUUAUGAAUUUACACAAUGCCAUGGUUCGACUGGAUUCUGUUGGUGUGUAGAAAGAAUGUCUGGAAAAGAAAUUGAUGGAACAAGAGCAGGCCCUGGAAGCUUCUCAGUAGAUUGUGCCUCACUUACGCCUCCAACUCCAUGUGAUCCAAACCCUUGUAUGAAUGGUGGAAGAUGUGAACAAGCCCAAGAUGCUGGUGGUGUUUAUAUGUGCAUAUGUAAGGAUGGAUACACAGGACAGCAUUGUAGAAUUGCUCCAAAAGAUCCAUGUAUGCCAAAUCCUUGUAUGAAUGGUGGAAGAUGCGAACAAGCACAAGAUGCAGGUGGUGUUUACAUGUGUGUAUGCAAAGAUGGAUACACAGGACAGCAUUGUAGAGAUGCUCCCAAAAAUCCAUGUAUGCCAAACCCUUGUAUGAAUGGUGGAAGAUGCGAACAAGCCCAAGAUGUCGCUGGUGUUUACAUGUGUGUAUGCAAAGAUGGAUACACAGGACAGCAUUGUAGAGAUGCUCCCAAAAAUCCAUGUAUGCCAAACCCUUGUAUGAAUGGUGGAAGAUGCGAACAAGCCCAAGAUGUCGCCGGUGUUUACAUGUGCGUAUGCAAAGAUGGAUACACAGGAAAACAUUGUAGAACUGCUCCCAAAAACCCAUGUAUGACAAAUCCUUGUAUGAAUGGAGGAAGGUGUGAGAUAGAUAUGUACGGUGGAUAUAGGUGCUUAUGUGAGGAUGGAUAUACAGGAAGACAUUGUAGUUUUGCCCCCAAAGACCCAUGCAAACCAAACCCUUGUAUGAAUGGUGGAAGGUGUGAACAAGCCCAAGAUGCUGGUGGUGUUUAUAUGUGCAUAUGUAAGGAUGGAUACACAGGAGAGCAUUGUAGAAUUGCUCCCAAAGAUCCAUGUAUGCCAAAUCCUUGUAUGAAUGGUGGAAGAUGCGAAGAAGCACAAGAUGCAGGUGGUGUUUACAUGUGUGUAUGCAAAGAUGGAUACACAGGACAGCAUUGUAGAGAUGCUCCCAAAAAUCCAUGUAUGCCAAACCCUUGUAUGAAUGGUGGAAGAUGCGAACAAGCCCAAGAUGUUGCUGGUGUUUACAUGUGUGUAUGCAAAGAUGGAUACACAGGAAAACAUUGUAGAACUGCCCCCAAAGACCCAUGCAAACCAAACCCUUGUAUGAAUGGUGGAAGAUGUGAACAAGCCCAAGAUGCUGGUGGUGUUUAUAUGUGCAUAUGUAAGGAUGGAUACACAGGAGAGCAUUGUAGAAUUGCUCCAAAAGAUCCAUGUAUGCCAAAUCCUUGUAUGAAUGGUGGAAGAUGCGAAGAAGCACAAGAUGCAGGUGGUGUUUACAUGUGUGUAUGCAAAGAUGGAUACACAGGACAGAAUUGUAGAGAUGCUCCCAAAAAUCCAUGUAUGCCAAACCCUUGUAUGAAUAGUGGAAGAUGCGAACAAGCCCAAGAUGUCGCCGGUGUUUACAUGUGCGUAUGCAAAGAUGGAUACACAGGAAAACAUUGUAGAACUGCUCCCAAAAAUCCAUGUAUGCCAAACCCUUGUAUGAAUGGUGGAAGAUGCGAACAAGCCCAAGAUGUUGCUGGUGUUUACAUGUGCGUAUGCAAAGAUGGAUACAGAGGAAAACAUUGUAGAGUUGGUAAAGAAACAUGUCAACAACAAAAUGAAAAAAUGUUCGGUUUGAUGGAUGCAAUGAUUUAUGCUUGCAAUGACGAUGGAACUUACAAACAUAAACAAUGUUAUGGAUUUCUUAAUCAUUGCUAUUGUGUUGAUCCAACUACUGGAAAAGAAAUAGAUGGAACUAGAAUGCUGUCUAUAAACUUCAAUCUGGACUGCACUAAAAAAGAUCCAAGAGAAUUUCCAGAAGGUACUUGUGGAUACAAGCGAAAGAAUAUGCGAAAAGAAAAUAUGAAGGAUGGAGUAAUGAUUGUUGGAGCAUACAUUCCAACUUGUGAUUUAAAUGGACACUAUGAAUCGACACAAUGUCAUGGUUCGACUGGAUUCUGUUGGUGUGUAGAAAGAAUGUCUGGAAAAGAAAUUGAUGGAACAAGAGCAGGCCCUGGAAGAUUCUCAGUUGACUGUUCAUCUCUUCAACCAUCUCCUAAAGACCCAUGCAAACCAAACCCUUGUAGGAAUGGUGGAAGAUGUGAACAAGCCCAAGAUGAUGGUGGUGUUUAUAUGUGCAUAUGUAAGGAUGGAUACACAGGAGAGCAUUGUAGAAUUGAAAAAGAAACUGAUCCAUGUGUUGUGAAUCCUUGUAUGAAUGGAGGAAUUUGCACUGGAUUACCAACUGGUAAACGAUUAUGUUACUGCAAAGAAGGAUAUUCAGGAGACGCCUGUGAAAUUGAUGCUUGUACCCCAAAUCGUUGUAGAAAUGAUGGCACUUGCAUUCGAGUAAGAAGUGUACGAGGUUAUUCUUGUAGAUGUAAGGCUGGAUACUCUGGGGCUAAUUGUCGAAGAGGAGAUCCAUGCACGCUUAACCCAUGUAUGAAUGGAGGAGUAUGCACUGCAACUUCAAGGGGAAGACGUUCAUGUGCAUGUGCAGCAGGAUAUUCUGGCGAUGACUGUGAAGUUGAUGCAUGCAAUCCAAAUAGAUGCCAGAAUGGAGGACGCUGUAAUCAUGUAACUGGUGGAAGAGGAUAUUCAUGUACUUGUACCGAUGAUUAUGGGGGUGAUUUUUGUCAAGAUGUCAAGGAAAAAUAUCAGGAUCCAUGUCACAGACAAUACAAAAUACCUUGCCAUGUGAAUGCAGGCUGUAAAAUGAGUGUUAAUUUAAUAUGGGAAUGUGUGUGUGAAAGUGACUAUUUUGGAGAUGGAAUCAAAUGCACAAAAAAACCUGAUUGCCCCGGUAAAAGAGUAUUCAAUUCUUGUGCCUCGACAUGUCCUCCAACAUGUGCUGAUCCAAUGCCAAUAUGCAACAAGAUGUGUGCUGAAAACGUCUGUGUCUGUCCAGAUGGACAUGUUCAAAUUAGUAAAUCUGACAGAAGGUGUAUACCACAAGCAGAUUGUCCAGAUCCAUGCAAGCCAAAUCCAUGUCAGAAUAAUGGACAAUGUCAACUCGAUUCCACUGCCCAGGGUGGAUAUAGAUGUUUAUGUUUCAGACUAUGGUCAGGCAAAAACUGUGAAAUCGGAUUGGUAAUAACAGAUCCAUGCAAACCUAAUCCUUGCCAGAAUGGUGGUAGAUGUAUGCUUGAUUCAACCGCUGAAGGUGGAUAUGGAUGUGCAUGUGCAAGAUUAUAUGGCGGCAAAAACUGUGAAAAUGUAUUGUCACCGAGAGGACCUUGCAGACCAAAUCCAUGCCAAAAUGGAGGAAAUUGUAUGCUUGACCAAUAUGCUCCAGGUGGAUACAAAUGCACCUGUAUGGAUAUGUAUUCUGGCACUAACUGCGAAAAUGGUAUGCCAAAACCAGAUCCAUGCCAAAAGAAUCCAUGCCAGAGUAGAGGAGUAUGCAUGAAUGAUCCAAAGGCAGAAGGCGGAUAUCUCUGUGCUUGUGCUAAAUUAUGGUCAGGCAAGAACUGUGAAAUUGGAAUUACAGUGAAAAAUGCAUGUCGUCCUAAUCCUUGCCAGAAUGGUGGAAAGUGUAUGCGUGAUUCAACUGCUGAAGGUGGAUAUGGAUGUGCAUGUACCAGAUUGUGGUCAGGCAAAAACUGUGAAAUUGGAAUUACAGUAACAAGUCCAUGCCGUCCUAAUCCUUGCCAGAAUAGGGGAAGAUGUAUUCUUGAUUCAACUGCUGAAGGAGGAUAUGGAUGUGCUUGUUUCAGAUUAUGGUCAGGCAAAAACUGUGAAAUUGGACUGCAGAAACCAGAUCCAUGCCAAAAGAAUCCAUGCCAGAAUAGAGGAGUAUGUAUGAAUGAUCCAAAUGCAGAAGGCGGAUAUCUCUGUGCCUGUGCUAAAUUAUGGUCAGGCAAAAACUGUGAAAUUGGAAUGACAGUAACAACUCCAUGCCGUCCUAAUCCUUGCCAGAAUGGUGGUAGAUGUAUGCUUGAUUCAACUGCUGAAGGUGGAUAUGGAUGUGCAUGUACCAGAUUGUGGUCAGGCAAAAACUGUGAAAUUGGAAUCACAGUAACAACUCCAUGCCGUCCUAAUCCUUGCCAGAAUGGUGGAAGAUGUAUGCUUGAUUCAACUGCUGAAGGUGGAUAUGGAUGUGCAUGUUUCAGAUUGUGGUCAGGCAAAAACUGUGAAACAGGAAUAAUGAAACCAGAUCCAUGCAGAGACAAUCCUUGCCAGAAUGGUGGUAAAUGUAUGCUUGAUUCAACCGCUGAAGGUGGAUAUGGAUGUGCAUGUGCAAGAUUAUAUGGCGGCAAAAACUGUGAAAAUGUACUGUCACCGAGAGGACCUUGCAGACCAAAUCCAUGCCAAAAUGGAGGAAAUUGUAUGCUUGAUCAAUAUGCUCCAGGUGGAUACAAAUGCACCUGUAUGGAUAUGUAUUCUGGAACUAACUGCGAAAAUGGUAUGCCAAAACCAGAUCCAUGCCAAAAGAAUCCAUGCCAGAGUAGAGGAGUAUGUAUGAAUGAUCCAAAGGCAGAAGGCGGAUAUCUCUGUGCUUGUGCUAAAUUAUGGUCAGGCAAGAACUGUGAAAUUGGAAUUACAGUAACAACUCCAUGUCGUCCUAAUCCUUGCCAGAAUGGUGGAAGAUGUAUGCUUGAUUCAACUGCUGAAGGUGGAUAUGGAUGUGCAUGUACCAGAUUGUGGUCAGGCAAAAGCUGUGAAAUUGGAAUUACAGUAACAACUCCAUGCCGUCCUAAUCCUUGCCAGAAUAGUGGAAGAUGUAUGCUUGAUUCAACUGCUGAAGGUGGAUAUGGAUGUGCUUGUUUCAGAUUAUGGUCAGGCAAAAACUGUGAAAUUGGACUGCAGAAACCAGAUCCAUGCCAAAAGAAUCCAUGCCAGAAUAGAGGAGUAUGUAUGAAUGAUCCAAAUGCAGAAGGCGGAUAUCUCUGUGCCUGUGCUAAAUUAUGGUCAGGCAAAAACUGUGAAAUUGGAAUUACAGUAACAACUCCAUGCCGUCCUAAUCCUUGCCAGAAUGGUGGAAGAUGUAUGCUUGAUUCAACUGCUGAAGGUGGAUAUGGAUGUGCAUGUUUCAGAUUGUGGUCAGGCAAAAACUGUGAAUCAGGAAUAAUGAAACCAGAUCCAUGCAGAGACAAUCCUUGCCAGAAUGGUGGUAAAUGUAUGCUUGAUUCAACUGCUGAAGGUGGAUAUGUAUGUGCAUGUGCAAGAUUAUAUGGCGGCAAACACUGUGAAAAUGUACUUUCACCAAGAGGACCUUGCAGAUCAAAUCCAUGCCAAAAUGGAGGAAAUUGUAUGCUUGACCAAUAUGCUCCAGGCGGAUAUAUAUGCACAUGCAGAGAUAUGUAUUCUGGCACUAACUGCGAAAAUGAAUUCAAGUGCCCGCCCGGACGAACAUAUAGCAGUUGUAAGCCUUGUGCAGGAACAUGUGAAGAUCCGAAUAUCAGUGUUCUUACAGCGAAACCUGGAGAGCUAGUUGGUUGCACUCUAGCCUGUGUAAUGGGAAAUUAUUGUAGCUGUCCAGAAGGCUUCAUACAGAGAAGUAAAGAUGAUAUAACUUGUGUUGAAAUUCAAUCAUGUAUAGAUGAUACAGUGGGAUUUGAAAAAGGUACAUGUGGAUACGCGCGAGCUGUUGCAAUUGUAGCUGCAAUUCCAGAUGCUCCAAUUCCUGAAUGUGAUGAUAACGGCAUGUAUCGCACAAAGCAAUGCGAUGGAUUUUCAGGAUUCUGUCAUUGCGUCAAUGAAAUGAGUGGAGUAAUGCUUGAAGGAACUUCUAUGCCAGAUGCCACUUUCACUUUGGACUGUGACAACCUACCAGAUACAUGCAAGUAUGUUAGAGCAAGCCUAAUUGCAAAUACAUUCCUCAUGGAUGCUUUCAUACCAGAGUGUGAUGUUGAUGGCAACUAUCUUAGAAAACAAUGCUAUGGUUUUACCAUGCAGUGUUUCUGUGUUGAAAAAAUGACAGGAAAAGAAAUUGAUGGCACUAGAGGUCCAGAUGAAACAUUUUCAUUAGAUUGUGAUAAACAUCAAGAGUUCAAGUGCCCGCCCGGACGAACAUAUAGCAGUUGCAAGCCUUGUGCAGGAACAUGUGAAGAUCCAAAUGUCAGUGUUCUUACAGCAAAACCUGGAGAGCCAGUCGGUUGCACUUUAGCUUGUUUAAUGGGAAAUUAUUGUAGUUGUCCAGAAGGCUUCAUACAGAGAAGUAAAGAUGAUAUAACUUGUGUUGAAAUUCAAUCAUGUAUAGAUAAAGUUAUGCCAAAACCUGAUCCAUGCCAAAAGAAUCCAUGCCAGAGUAGAGGAGUAUGUAUGAAUGAUCCAAAGGCAGAAGGCGGAUAUCACUGUGCUUGUGCUAAAUUAUGGUCAGGCAAAAACUGUGAAAUUGGAAUUACAGUAACAACUCCAUGCCGUCCUAAUCCUUGCCAGAAUAGUGGAAGAUGUAUGCUUGAUUCAACUGCUGAAGGUGGAUAUGGAUGUGCUUGUUUCAGAUUGUGGUCAGGCAAAAACUGUGAAAUUGGACUGCAGAAACCAGAUCCAUGCCAAAAGAAUCCAUGCCAGAAUAGAGGAGUAUGUAUGAAUGAUCCAAAUGCAGAAGGCGGAUAUCUCUGUGCCUGUGCUAAAUUAUGGUCAGGCAAAAACUGUGAAAUUGGAAUGACAGUAACAACUCCAUGCCGUCCUAAUCCUUGCCAGAAUGGUGGUAGAUGUAUGCUUGAUUCAACUGCUGAAGGUGGAUAUGGUUGUGCAUGUACCAGAUUGUGGUCAGGCAAAAACUGUGAAAUUGGAAUUACAGUAACAACUCCAUGCCGUCCUAAUCCUUGCCAGAAUGGUGGUAGAUGUAUGCUUGAUUCAACUGCUGAAGGUGGAUAUGGAUGUGCAUGUACCAGAUUGUGGUCAGGCAAGAACUGUGAAAUUGGACUGCAGAAACCAGAUCCAUGCCAAAAGAAUCCAUGCCAGAAUAGAGGAGUAUGUAUGAAUGAUUCAAAUGCAGAAGGCGGAUAUCUCUGUGCCUGUGCUAAAUUAUGGUCAGGCAAAAACUGUGAAAUUGGAAUGACAGUAACAACUCCAUGUCGUCCUAAUCCUUGCCAGAAUGGUGGAAGAUGUAUGCUUGAUUCAACUGCUGAAGGUGGAUAUGGAUGUGCAUGUACCAGAUUGUGGUCAGGCAAAAACUGUGAAAUUGGGAUUACAGUAGAAAAUGCAUGCCGCCCUAAUCCUUGCCAGAAUGGUGGAAAGUGUAUGCGUGAUUCAACUGCUGAAGGUGGAUAUGGAUGUGCAUGUUCCAGAUUGUGGGCAGGCAAAAACUGUGAAAUAGCAAUGACAUUAACAACUCCAUGCCAGCCUAAUCCUUGCCGGAAUGGUGGAAGAUGUAUGAUUGAUUCAACUGCUCAAGGUGGAUAUGCAUGUGCUUGUGCAAGAUUAUAUAGCGGCAAAAACUGUGAAAAUGUACUUUCACCAAGAGGACCUUGCAGAUCAAAUCCAUGCCAAAAUGGAGGAAAUUGUAUGCUUGACCAAUAUGCCCCAGGCGGAUAUAAAUGCACAUGCAGAGAUAUGUAUUCUGGCACUAACUGCGAAAAUGAAUUCAAGUGCCCGCCCGGACGAACAUAUAGCGGUUGUAAGCCUUGUGCAGGAACAUGUGAAGAUCCGAAUAUCAGUGUUCUUACAGCGAAACCUGGAGAGCUAGUUGGUUGCACUUUAGCGUGUUUAAUGGGAAAUUAUUGUAGCUGUCCAGAAGGCUUCAUACAGAGAAGUAAAGAUGAUAUAACUUGUGUUGAAAUUCAAUCAUGUAUAGAUGAUACAGUGGGAUUUGAAAAAGGUACAUGUGGAUACGCACGAGCUGUUGCAAUUGUAGCUGCAAUUCCAGAUGCUCCAAUUCCUGAAUGUGAUGAUAACGGCAUGUAUCGCACAAAACAAUGCGAUGGAUUUUCAGGAUUCUGUCAUUGCGUCAAUGAAAUGAGUGGAGUAAUGCUUGAAGGAACUUCUAUGCCAGAUGCCACUUUCACUUUGGACUGUGACAACCUACCAGAUACAUGCAAGUAUGUUAGAGCAAGCCUAAUUGCAAAUACAUUCCUCAUGGAUGCUUUCAUACCAGAAUGUGAUGAUGAGGGCAACUACCUUAGAAAACAAUGCUAUGGUUUUACCAUGCAGUGUUUCUGUGUUGAAAAAAUGACAGGAAAAGAAAUUGAUGGCACUAGAGGUCCAGAUGAAACAUUUUCAUUAGAUUGUGACAAACAUCAAGUUGUGGAUUAUUCUGCAAGAUGCCGUGCAAGAUAUGGUAGAGCAUGCGAUGCAAAUGCAGAAUGCAUAAAAGCUGGAGAUACAUAUGAAUGCAGAUGUAAAUUUACAGAUGGAUACUUUGGAAAUGGACUAUACUGUGACAGUGGCACACCAGAAAAUGAUUGUCAUCGGUAUGGUGGAAGGAAAUGUAGUGGAAAUGCAGAUUGUGGUCGAGAUAAAUUUAGCGGUUCAUACACAUGUACUUGUAAUGAUGGUUACAUUGGGGAUGGAUACACUUGCGGUGUUUAUGAAAUUAAAGAGAAAUCAUAUUGUUGGGAUAAACAUGGUGAAAUGUGUUCUGAUGAUGCUGAUUGUGUUACAAGCGAUGGAAUGAAAUAUGUUUGCAGAUGUAGAAAAGGAUUCUUUGGAAAUGGUUUCUACUGUAUGCGUGGAAGUCCUGAAAAUCCAUGUCAAGGAAGAUAUGGUCGAAGAUGUGCUGACAGAGCUGCUUGUCAAUUGGAUAGUGGUGAUGAUCAAUGGAAAUGUAUGUGCAGAGAUGGAUUUUCAGGAAAUGGAUUCUACUGCAUUCGUGGACCAUUCGAUAACCAAUGUCACAGAUAUCAUGGUAGAAGAUGUGGUGAAAAUGCUUAUUGUAACAUGCUAUCUGAAGGAAGAUACAGAUGUGCUUGUAACGAUAAUUAUCGAGGCAAUGGAUUCAACUGCAGAGAAAUGAAAGUUGUGGAUUAUUCUGCAAUAUGCCGCGCAAGAUAUGGUAGAUCAUGUCAUGCAAAUGCAGAAUGCAUGAAAGUGGGAGAUAAAUAUGAAUGCAGAUGUAAAUCUGGAUACUUUGGAAAUGGACUAUACUGUGACAGCGGCGAUGCAGAAAAUGAUUGUCAUCGAUAUGGUGGAAGGAAAUGUAGUAGAAAUGCAGGUUGUGCUCGAGCUCAAUUUGGUGGACUGUACACAUGUACUUGUAAUGAGGGCUACAUUGGUGAUGGAUACAAUUGUGGUGCUUUUGAAAUUAAAGACAAAUCAUAUUGCUGGGAUGCCCAUGGUGAAAUGUGUUCUGAUGAUGCUGACUGUGUUACAAGUGAUGGAAUGAAAUAUGUUUGCAAAUGUAGAAGAGGGUUCUUUGGAACUGGUUUCUACUGCAUGCGUGGAAGUCCUGGAAAUCAGUGUCAAGGAAGGUAUGGUAGAAGAUGUGCUAACAGAGCUGCUUGUCGAUUGGACAGUAGUGAUAGUCAAUGGAAAUGUAUGUGCAAUGAUGGAUUUUCAGGAAAUGGAUUCUAUUGCAUUCGUGGACCAUUCGAUAACCAAUGUCACAGAUAUCAUGGUAGAAGAUGUGGUGAAAAUGCCUAUUGUAACAUGCUAUCUGAAGGAAGGUACAGAUGUGCUUGUAAUGAUAAUUAUCGAGGCAAUGGAUUCAACUGCAGGGAAAAGAAAGUUGUGGAUUAUUCUGCAAGAUGCCGUGCAAGAUAUGGUAGAGCAUGCGAUGCAAAUGCAGAAUGCAUAAAAUCGGGAGAUACAUAUGAAUGCAGAUGUAAAUUUGCAGAUGGAUACUUCGGAAAUGGACUAUACUGUGACAGUGGCACACCAGAAAAUGAUUGUCAUCGGUAUGGUGGAAGGAAAUGUAGUGGAAAUGCAGGUUGUGGUCGAGAUAAAUUUAGCGGUUCAUACACAUGUACUUGUAAUGAUGGUUACAUUGGUGAUGGAUACACUUGCGGUGUUUAUGAAAUUAAAGAGAAAUCAUAUUGUUGGGAUGAACAUGGUGAAAUGUGUUCUGAUGAUGCUGAUUGUGUUACAAGCGAUGGAAUGAAAUAUGUUUGCAGAUGUAGAAAAGGAUUCUUUGGAAAUGGGUUCUACUGUAUGAGUGGAAGUCCUGGAAAUCCAUGUCAAGGAAGAUAUGGUAGAAGAUGUGCUGACAGAGCUGCUUGUCAAUUCGAUAGUGGUGAUGAUCAAUGGAAAUGUAUGUGCAGAGAUGGAUUUUCAGGAAAUGGAUUCUAUUGCAUUCGUGGACCAUUCGAUAACCAAUGUCACAGAUAUCAUGGUAGAAGAUGUGGUGAAAAUGCCUAUUGUAACAUGCUAUCUGAAGGAAGGUACAGAUGUGCUUGUAACGAUAAUUAUCGAGGCAACGGAUUCAACUGCAGAGAAAUGAAAGUUGUGGAUUAUUCGGCAAGAUGCCGCGCAAGAUAUGGUAGAUCAUGUCAUGCAAAUGCAGAAUGCAUGAAAGCGGGAGAUAAAUAUGAAUGCAGAUGUAAAUCUGCAGAUGGAUACUUCGGAAAUGGACUAUACUGUGACAGUGGCACACCAGAAAAUGAUUGUCAUCGGUAUGGUGGAAGGAAAUGUAGUGGAAAUGCAGGUUGUGGUCGAGCUCAAUUUAGCGGUUCAUACACAUGUACUUGUAAUGAUGGUUACAUUGGCGAUGGAUACACUUGCGGUGUUUAUGAAAUUAAAGAGAAAUCAUAUUGUUGGGAUGAACAUGGUGAAAUGUGUUCUGAUGAUGCUGAUUGUGUUACGAGUGAUGGAAUGAAAUAUGUUUGCAGAUGUAGAAAAGGAUUCUUUGGAAAUGGUUUCUACUGUAUGAGUGGAAAUCCUGGAAAUCCAUGUCAAGGAAAAUAUGGUAGAAGAUGUGCUAACAGAGCUGCUUGUCGAUUCGAUAGUGGUGAUGAUCAAUGGAAAUGUAUGUGCAAUGAUGGAUUUUCAGGAAAUGGAUUCUAUUGCAUCCGUGGACCAUUCGAUAACCAAUGUCACAGAUAUCAUGGUAGAAGAUGUGGUGAAAAUGCCUAUUGUAACAUGCUAUCUGAAGGAAGGUACAGAUGUGCUUGUAACGAUAAUUAUCGAGGCAACGGAUUCAACUGCAGAGAAAUGAAAGUUGUGGAUUAUUCUGCAAGAUGCCACGCAAGAUAUGGUAGAUCAUGUCAUGCAAAUGCAGAAUGCAUGAAAGCGGGAGAUAAAUAUGAAUGCAGAUGUAAAUCUGGAUACUUUGGAGAUGGACUAUACUGUGACAGCGGCACACCAGAAAAUGAUUGUCAUCGAUAUGGUGGAAGGAAAUGUAGUGCAAAUGCAGGUUGUGCUCGAGCUCAAUUCAGUGGUUUAUACACAUGUACUUGUAAUGAUGGCUACAUUGGUGAUGGAUACAAUUGCGGUGCUUAUGAAAUUAAAGACAAAUCAUAUUGCUGGGAUGCCCAUGGUGAAAUGUGUUCUGAUGAUGCUGACUGUGUUACAAGUGAUGGAAUGAAAUAUGUUUGCAAAUGUAGAAGAGGGUUCUUUGGAACUGGUUUCUACUGCAUGCGUGGAAGUCCUGGAAAUCAGUGUCAAGGAAGAUAUGGUAGAAGAUGUGCUAACAGAGCUGCUUGUCGAUUGGACAGUAGUGAUAGUCAAUGGAAAUGUAUGUGCAAUGAUGGCUUUUCAGGAAACGGAUUCUAUUGCAUUCGUGGACCAUUCGAUAACCAAUGUCACAGAUAUCAUGGUAGAAGAUGUGGUGAAAAUGCCUAUUGUAACAUGCUAUCUGAAGGAAGGUACAGAUGUGCUUGUAAUGCAAAUUAUCGAGGCAAUGGAUUCAAUUGCAGGGAAAUGAAAGUGGAAGUUAAAGACAACUGCCAUGAAUAUUACAAUCGUCCCUGCGGGGCCAACGGAGAAUGUUUUAUGGAUGGCGACAUUUACAGAUGUAGAUGCCGAUCUGGUUACACAGGAGAUGGGUAUAGUUGCCAAGAUAUGAGUUCCAGAAGUCCUUGCACAUCAACAUAUGGACAAGAAUGUCAUCAACAUGCAGAAUGCAGGCCUGAUGGUUCUGGAGGUCAUGAAUGUGUUUGCAGAAAUGGGUAUAAUGGGGAUGGAAUCAACUGCCGAGCUCGAACAUGCCAGAGACCAAGAGGUAUUAAUCAAGGCCGUGUUGUGGAUCAAGGUGGAUCGUUUAUGAUGAACCGUGCAAUCACAUACCAAUGUGAAGGUGGAUAUAGGCUCCAGGGAGACAUGAGGCGAACUUGCAUGGCUGACGGAACAUGGUCUGGCCAAGAACCUAAAUGUGUCGUUGUUGACAAUUGCUACCGAUUAUCUGCUCAACCUUGUCACCAUGAAGCAACAUGUGAAGCAAAAGCAUCUGGAGGGUAUGAAUGUGUGUGUAAGCAGGGUUACACGGGCGAUGGAUUAAUGUGUCGAGCUCAAGGUUGCAGUCGUCCAAGAGAUAUUGAUAAUGGCCGUAUUUUGAGUGAUCAAAGUAUGUUCACGCCUGGAAAUCAAAUAUAUUACCAAUGUAAUCGGGGAUUUAAACUUGAAGGAAGCCAACAACGAUCGUGCCAAAACAAUGGUCAAUGGUCUGGCACUGAUCCCAUAUGCCGAUCUGAUGAUGAACAAGAUGGAGUGUCACAAGAUCCACCAGCUCAACUUUCUGAUUGCCAGAAUCAAUACAGGCGGGCUUGCCAUCAGUUUUCUGAUUGCUUCAAGCGAAGACAAAAUCAAAAUGAUUAUUACUGUAAAUGUAGACCUGGCUUUUCUGGGGAUGGAUUCACAUGUAAUCAAAAAACCGACGAAGAUGAUCUUCAAAGGGCACAGCCUCAUGAGUGUCAAAGCUUCUUUGGCAAACGAUGCCAUGAUUUUGCUGACUGUUACAAGAGACAAAAUGGCGAUUUCGUUUGUCGCUGUCGAGUUGGUUAUUUUGGUAGUGAUGGUUUUAGUUGCAGUCAAAGCCAACCUGAACAAGGAAAACCUGGACAGGAGCAACAAGGACAAUCCGGACAGGAUCAACCUGGACAGCCUGAACUAAGUCAACCAGGACAAUCUGGAAAAGGUCAACAAGGACAGUCUGGAAAAGGUCAACCAGGAAAGCCUGGACGAGGCCAACCAGGACAGUCUGGAAAAGGUCAACCCGGACAAGGUCAACAAGGACAGUCUGGAAAAGGUCAAUCCGGACAAGGUCAACCAGGAAAAGGACAACCUGGACAAGGUCAACCAGGACAGUCUGGAGAAGGUCAAUCCGGACAAGGUCAACAAGGACAGUCUGGAGAAGGUCAAUCGGGACAGGGUCAACCAGGAAAAGGACAACCUGGACAAGGUCAACCAGGACAAGGUCAACAAGGACAGUCUGGAGAAGGUCAAUCCGGACAAGGUCAACAAGGACAGUCUGGAGAAGGUCAACCCGGACAAGGUCAACCCGGACAAGGUCAACCAGGAAAAGGACAACCUGGACAAGGUCAACCAGGACAGUCUGGAGAAGGUCAAUCCGGACAAGGUCAACAAGGACAGUCUGGAGAAGGUCAAUCCGGACAAGGUCAAACCGGACAAGGUCAACCAGGAAAAGGACAACCUGGACAAGGUCAACCAGGACAGUCUGGAAAGGGUCAAUCCGAACAAGGUCAACCAGGAAAAGGACAACCUGGACAAGGUCAACAAGGACAGUCUGGAGAAGGUCAAUCCGGACAAGGUCAACCAGGAAAAGGACAACCUGGACAAGGUCAACCAGGACAGUCUGGGAAGGGUCAAUCCGGACAAGGUCAACCAGGAAAAGGACAACCUGGACAAGGUCAACCAGGACAGUCUGGAAAAGGUCAACAAGGACAGUCUGGAGAAGGUCAAUCCGGACAAGGUCAACCAGGACAAUCUGGACAAGGUCAACAAGGACAAUCUGGACAAGGUCGACCAGGACAGCCCGGUCAAACAGGACAAACUGGAGAAAUUGACCAACCAGGACAGCCCGGUCAAACCGGCCAAACAGGACAGGCUGGACAAACCGACCAACCAGGACAAUCUGGGAAAAAUCAGCCAGGACAAGGUCAAGCUGGACAAGGUCAAACAGGACAGCCCGGUCAAACAGAAAAGGCUGGAAAAACCGAUCAACCAAGACAGCCCGGUCAACCCGACCAACCAGGACAGCCCGGCCAAACAGGACAGGCUGGACGAACCGACCAACCUGGGCAGCCAGGACAACCCGGUCAAGUUGAUGGUAGCAGGCCACAGCCAGGACAAUCCGGUCAAGUGGAUGGUAGCAGGCCGCAGCCAGAUCAACCAGAACAAGAAACUUGUCGAACUAGGUACAAAAAAGCAUGUCAUGCUUUUGCUGACUGCGUAGCAGGAUCUGACAAUCGUCCUACUUGCAAAUGCAGGGGGGGAUAUAUUGGAGAUGGUUUUGAUUGCAAAAAACCAGAACGAGAACGCAAGUGUCAACGGCCCAACAAUAUUGGAAAUGGAAGAGUUGAGACAAGUGAUGAUUCAUAUACUAUGAAUUCAGUUCUCACAUACUCAUGUCAAGAUGGUUACAAGUUGAUGGGUGACCAGCAAAGGACAUGCCAAGCUAAUGGCCAAUGGUCGGGAUCCGAUCCAAGAUGUGAACGUGAUCAAGCAAGUGGGCAGAAAAGAUGUCAGAGACCACAAGAUAUUGGUCAAGGACGAAUGGACUUCAGUGAUAACAGUUACAAUGAAAACAGUCAAGUGACUUAUUCUUGUCAGCCAGGAUACAAGCUCAUGGGAGACUCGAUAAGAAGGUGCCAAGGAGGUUCAUGGUCAGGAAGCCAGCCAAGAUGUGAAAGAGAUCAGCAACAACAACAGGAUACUCGAGAUGAAUGUGAAAAACAAGGAAGAAAAUGCGGCCAGAAUGCACAAUGCAUAUCCCAAGGUUCACGCUACAAGUGUCGAUGUAACCGUCCCUAUAAUGGCGAUGGUUACGAUUGUUCAAAAACUUGCUCAAAUGGACAAAGAUGGAAGGUGUGUGUGAAGCCCUGUCCAGCUCAUUGUGGAGAUAGAACACCAGACUGCACUGGCUGUGCAGCUGGAAAUCAUUGUGCAUGUGGAGGAGGAAUGGUACAGAGAAGUUUAGACGACCCAACUUGCAUUCGCCAGAGAUUUUGUCCUAAAAAGAAUCAAUGAACUGAAGAAUGACUCUGGAUAUAAACUCAAUACUAGCACCUCACUUUUCAAUAUGUUUGACGGGCUGAUUUGAUAAUAUUAGAUAUUCAUCAUAACAUUGAGAUUUAAUAUGAAAUGUAGAAUUAUGUACUAUUUUAUUAUUGUAAUAUUGACGAGCAUAUAUUCAAUUCCUUGGUGAUCAAUAAAUUCAUAUUCAAUAUAUA